AUGGUGAAGAGCACGACGGUGCAGGUAUCACCGAAGAAGAUGAAGCAGGCGUUGCCGACGAAGACGUCCGAGGCGCCGAAGACGUCAUCAAUGAACUGCAAGACCUGCGGGAAGUUGUGUUCAUCGUUGCAGAAUUUAACCUUGCACAUGAAGACGCACAGGGAGUUCGUGUGCGGGACCUGCUGGAAGAUCUUCUACUCGCAGCUGAUGCUAGAGAAGCACGUGAGAGAGAGUUGCGUCAAGUCGCCGCAGACCAGUAGGAGGGCGAUGCGGGUUAAGGGAGACGCGGGCAAGAGGUUGCAGUUGACGCCUCCGAAAGCAAGCACGACAAGUGUCAUUAGUCCCGGGAAGAGGAUCGUGGAUAAGAAGGGGAUGCUUAAUUUGAAGCUAAAGCGUGAGCAGUGUUCAAUGUGCUUUAGCAGUCAUCGAGAGCUGUUUAAACAUAAGGUGCUGAAGCAUGGGCUCGAGACGCUGGAUAAGUUCGUUUUGGAGAAAGAGGAGACCCAGCGGGUGUACAAAGGGGGUGUUCCUGCCGGCGAAAAGAAGUUGCUUAAGAGUUUUGCCGGAUUGAGAAGUUUGUUGCCGAUUAAUGAAUAA